AUGAAUGGCUUCAUGGCCACUCUUCGAAGUGCGAUUGUUUUAUCUGGGACAAAAGAAGGAGAAGCAACUAAAGCAAACCUUGCAGUGGAGACGUGCGACAGUCAUGAGGAAAUUCAGCUGGCAAAGAGAAUCAUCACAAACAAUGUUUGCUCCAUUGGAGUAGGCGAUCUGAGUAAUCAGUGGGCAAUGACAAAGGAUGAGAAAGCGAGAGCCAGGCUUGAGGAGCUAAUGGAUGCUGUAUGGAAUAUGGUUGCCCAAAAUAGUGACAUCAUUGAAUAUUCGAAAGCUCUAAAAGAUGAUGGACGUCACAUGUGA